UCCAACCACCUCUAAAAAGAAAGAAAGAAAGAAAAUAAAUAAAAAAUAAAAAUUCCCAUCCAUCCUCACACGGCCACACCGCAGCAACUCCAUGGCCGCCGGCGACCCCUCCGUCGCCGCCGGGAACGUCCACCCGGAUUUCUCCUUUCCCAGCCGCCUCCGCGAAGCACUCGCCGACCUCUCUCAGGCGUUCGACUCCGGCGACACCGCGGUCUCCGACUCUGCUGUCGCCGCCGUUUCCGAUGUCCUCGAUGCCGUAGCCGCCUCCGCUGCCGAGGCCGCUGAUGGUGGCGACGGUGAUGAUGCGCUGCGAUUGGAUGCGGCGACCAGGGCCUCGGAGGAGCUUCUCCGCGAGGUGCACGCGUUCCUUUCGUGCCCUUCCUCGAACCAGAUGGCCAUUGACGCACUUUCGCUCGUGCUCCCGAAACCUGUAGCGACGCUGGGGGCUCUGAUGGGGAGUUGUUGGGACGUUGCCGCCACUAUCAUCAAGUUAUUCGUGACGAAUUGCAGCCCGAGGGACAUGCUCUCGAUCCUCUGUGAGGCAUUAGAUACGCCAAUGGAAUUAUUAAAUGGCUCAGCCUACUUUGUUCUUCUACUCAAUGGGCUUGCUGAAGUGCUUACUUUAAUUCAGAGGCGACAUAUCGAGCAAGUAAUGGUGGUGCUUCCUGCUGUCCUUAAAGUUGUGCAUGCUACUGUAUCAGAAUGUGAUGAGGAGCAUGGAAAGGCUGCUGUUGAUCUCUUCAAUGCAGCACUUGGAAUUGGAAAUGCCAUUCAUGAAAUGUGCAAAGCAAUGUUUGACAAGAACAAAGAAGAUCUCUGUGCUAUUCUUGGCCUAUACUCACUUCAGAAUAUAGCUCUUAUAUCGCGAAGCAAGCAGCAUGAUAUUGUCUCUGCUUGUGGUUCGGUUGUUCAACAGCAUUCCCGAUUUCUUAAAUUUUGUGGAUUCACAUAUCUCGGUCUUCUAACUGGUAAUGGUGUCACAGCGGCCAUUGAUAAGCUUUCCAAAGAUGAAGAUGAUGAUUUUGUGGAGCUUUUUAUCUUUGCUAUGGAUGGUGCAAUGCUCUCAGCUGUGUGGACAUAUAUGUAUGAUGACAUGUCAGAGCAUUCUGGAGCAGAGUUGGAAUUAGCACUGAAGAAAGUUCAGGACAACCAUAUGAAGAAAUGGGAAGCAAUUAACAUGCUUAAAUAUGUCCUAUCCCCAAUUAGUUACCCAUGGAUAAUCAAAUCCCACUGUAUAAACUUGUUGCUGACUCUAGCUGAUGGAAAUCAUAUUGAAGAAACCAAUGAUCAUGUAGAUUUCACGUCAUAUGCUCCUCGUAUUUUUGCAACACUCAAGGCCGUUGAAAGCGUCAUGAUGGCUGCCCCAGAGGCAUUGAUGCGGAAAAAAGCUUUUGCUGCUUUGAAAAUGGUUAUUUCAAUGGUGCCAUCAUCUCAGAGAUUUGAUAUCUUACGAGCUCUCGUAAAUAAUAGCAUGUCCCCUUCCUUGACUGCAAUUCUCUUAGAUCUAGUGAGGGAGGAAGUUUUGAGAGAGAGUCGUCGAGAUGACAAGGAUCGUGCUGAAUCUGAUGGAUUGCAAGAUCAUGGGGAGUUGCCACCUUGGGCUUCUCAUGCUCUUGACUUUGUCGAGCUGAUUAUGAGGCCUCCAGAAGGUGGUCCUCCUUGCCUUCCUGAUCACAGUGAACAGGUAUUAUCAGCUCUGAACUUGCUCAGAUUGAUUCUGAUAAUAGAUUCAAGAGGAUCGAAUUUCGGAAAAUUGUUCCGGGAAGAAACGUUGCGGAAGGUGCACUCAGAGUGGCUGAUCCCACUAAGACCAAUCGUCGCAGGAAUUCAGUCAGAAAACGAGAAGGAUGGUAGUGAGAUUGCAGGUCAGAUCAUGUGCUCGUUAAAUCCUGUUCAACUGGUACUGUACCGCUGCAUUGAGUUGGUGGAGAAGAUGAAAUGCUGCUAAGGAUUCCGUUUUCCACUCAUUUCCAUACAAUACUAACCACUGCAUCGAGGAGGCGAGCAAAAUUGGAAAGUUCUUGAGGAUUCGAAUUUCAGUAGUCUAGGUUAUGGCAUAUAAUUGGUAGUGGAAUGAAGAUAACGUGCUUUACUCUUUCAUUUGUAUCUGGAUUACCCCUUGGGUUGGGCGCGGGGUCGAAGGGCUUGGUUGGAAGGUAAGUUGUGGUUGUUUAGGCUUAGAUGUCCUUUUCAGUCCCUUUGCCAGGGAAACUAGUUUCUUUUGUUUAAGUUUGUCAAAUGCCGGUUCACGCGUGUCUGCAUGAAUAUAUAAUGUCAGUAUUACAAAUUUAGAAUGGUUUACCCAUGUAAAAGCUACGUACAAUCGUGCAUCAUCCUAACACUACAGCAAAUCGUGAGAAAUCUCCUUUCUGGAA